AUGAAGGCGGUUAUCCGGUCAGGCAGGGGAGACGCGACUCCUGCAGAUGGAGAUCAGGUCAUACUUCAUUGCACUAUUCGAACCAUGGAGGGCAUUGUUGUGAAUUCUACAAGAAGGGAACAUGGAGGAAAAGGAAUCCCACUCAGAUUUGUGUUGGGGAAAAGCAAAAUGAUCCUUGGCUUUGCUGAAGGCUUUCCAACAAUGCUGAAGGGUGAAAUUGCUAUGUUUAAAAUGGAGCCGAAAAUACACUAUGCAGAGGAUGAUUGCCCGGUUACACCUCCAGAUGGCUUCCCAAAAGAUGAUGAGCUUCAGUUUGAGGUUGAGAUGUUGGAUUUCUUUAAAGCCAAGGUCGUGACUGAGGAUUUAGGGGUUGUAAAGAAGAUAGUUGAUGAAGGCAAGGGGUGGGAAACACCUAGAGAACCAUAUGAAGUGACAGCACGGAUAACUGCAAGAACAGCAGAUGGAAAAGAAAUUCUUCCCAGUAAAGAAGUGCCAUAUUUCUUCACUUUGGGUAAAUCUGAGGCACCUAAAGGCCUUGAGAUGGGAAUUGGAACAAUGGCACGCAAGGAAAAAGCAACUAUUUAUGUUACCAGUACCUAUUUGACAGAGUCCUCAGUAAUGCCGCAACUUGAAGGCCUUGAAGAAGUUCAUUUUGAGGUGGAACUUGUUCAGUUUACUCAGGUCAGGGAUAUGCUUGGUGAUGGACGCCUCAUAAAGCGCCGUGUAGUUGAUGGAAGUGGUUUUCCUAUGGACUGCCCCCUUCAUGAUAGCUUGUUAAGAGUUCAUUACAAGGGGAUGCUCCUUGAUGAACCAAAGUCAGUAUUUUAUGAUACACAAAUUGAUAAUGAUGGGGAACCAUUGGAGUUCUGUUCCGGAGAAGGAUUGGUUCCUGAAGGAUUUGAAAUGUGUGUUCGACUAAUGCUUCCUGGUGAAAAAUCUAUUGUCACGUGCCCUCCAGAUUUUGCGUAUGAUAAAUUCCCAAGGCCAGCGAAUGUUCCUGAAGGAGCUCAUGUUCGGUGGGAAAUUGAAUUACUUGGAUUUGAAGUUCCCAAGGAUUGGACUGGCUUGACCUUCAAAGAAAUCAUGGAAGAGGCAGAUAAAAUUAAGAACACGGGUAACAGACUAUUUAAAGAAGGAAAAUUUGAACUUGCAAAAGCAAAAUACGAGAAGUUGCUUAGGGAGUAUAACCACGUGCAUCCUCAAGACGAUGAAGAGGGGAAAAUCUUUGCCAAUUCAAGAAGUUCUCUACAUCUAAAUGUAGCUGCUUGCUACCAGAAGAUGGGUGAGUACAGGAAGUCUAUUGAAGCGUGCAAUAAGGUGCUUGAUGCAAAUCCUGUGCAUGUCAAAGCACUCUACCGCCGAGGAAUGUCAUACAUGUUAGGUGGGGACUUUGAUGAUGCAAAGAACGAUUUUGAGAAGAUGGUAACCGUCGAAAAGUCCUCGGAGCCUGAUGCUACAGCGGCCCUUGUUAAACUUAAACAGAAGGAACAGGAAAUUGAAAAGAAGGCAAGGAAGCAGUUCAAAGGACUAUUUGACAAGAAGCCAGGAGAGAUAUCUGAAGUUGGUGUGGAGUCCAAAAAUGGUGGCGACACGGCAGGGUCUGGCGAGGCAGUGACAAGUAGGGAUAGAGAUGGAAGCGGGAAGUCUAGUCUUCCGAGUGCAGAGUCAGAUCAUGCCUUUGAUGAAGAGAGGCCAGGACUUAUUGGCCGCAUCUGGCCUUCUGCGAGGCGGAUUUUCUCCUCCCUUGGUCUGAACAGGUGCACAAUACUCUGA